UUUUGUUUGUUGUGAAAUUGUUGCGCCAUGUCUGACCAGGAGUUGGCCCCUGAGUCAGGAAUAGAAGUUGCUGAGAAGGAAGUAACACAGCAGGAGGAAACAGCAAGCACAUCAGCAGCCGCGGCGGCUGCUGCUGCAGCAGCUGCCUUGGAAUCACAAGAGGAUGAGGAGUUGGCCAAUUUGGUAACCGCUGAGGAGUAUCUAAUGCGCAAGGAUGUGGUCCUGCUGGAAUAUGAGAAACAAAUGUUUUUAGAUCUCGUGCAUACCGACGGUCUGCUUGUGUGUGCCAAAGGUCUAAGCUAUGAGCGCGUGCUGCUCAACCUAUUGAACGUAUACAGCGAUGCGGGCAAUCUGCUACUGGUGAUCAACAGCUCGGACAUUGAGGAGCAGUACUAUAAAUCCAAGCUGGAAAGCAAGUUUGUGCAUGAGGUGGCCAAUACGGCACAGGAACGAGAACGCGUUUAUUUGGAGGGCGGCAUACAGUUUAUUAGCACACGUAUUUUGGUUGUGGAUCUGCUAAAGCAGCGCAUACCCAUUGAGCUUAUCACUGGCGUAAUUGUGCUGCGUGCCCAUAGCAUCAUAGAGAGCUGCCAGGAGGCAUUCGCACUGCGCUUGUAUCGCCAGCGCAACAAAACAGGCUUCAUUAAGGCUUUCUCCAGCAGUCCCGAGGCCUUCACCAUUGGCUACGCACACAUUGAACGCACCAUGCGCAACUUGUUCCUGAAGCAUUUAUAUAUUUGGCCACGCUUCCACGCCACAGUGCGUGCUGCCUUGCAGCCAUGGCAAACCCAAACCAUUGAGCUGCACGUGCCGCUCUCCGUGCACAUGAGCUCCAUACAAACGCACAUCUUGGAUAUAAUGAAUUUUUUAGUGCGCGAAAUCAAGCGCAUCAACCGCACCGUCGACAUGGAGGCGAUCACCGUGGAGAAUUGUGUGACCAAGAAGUUCCAUAAAAUAUUGCAGGCGCAGUUGGACUGCAUUUGGCAUCAGCUCAACUCACAGACAAAAUUAAUUGUUGCUGAUCUUAAGAUACUGCGCAGCUUGAUGAUCUCGACCAUGUAUCAAGAUGCUGUGAGCGCCUAUGCGCUGAUCAAACGCUAUCGUGGCACAGAGUACGCCAUGAGCAACUCGGGCUGGACGCUGCUGGAUGCUGCCGAGCAAAUAUUUAUGCUGUCCAAGCAGCGAGUCUACAAUGGACAAAAUGAAUUUGCGCCAGAGCAUUGCCCCAAGUGGCAGCCACUGAACGAGCUGCUUACAGUGGAUAUACCAAGUGAUAUGCGUAAACGCUUGGGUGCCAAUCAUUUGCAGGCACCCAAGGUGCUGAUACUCUGCCAGGAUGCGCGCACCUGCUAUCAGCUGAAGCAGUAUCUAACACAAGGCGGUGCACGCUUUCUGCUGCAGCAGGCGAUGCACCAUGAAGUGCACGUGGGCAAGCUGAACGAGGAGUUUGCGCGUCAAAGUCAGGCCAAUGCCAUGGCAAGCAAUGCAGCGCAGCCAAAGUCGAAGCCGCAGCAAGCAGCAGUGGCGCCAGAGCAGCCACAGCUGGAUGAGCUGACGCAGCUGCUGCUCGACAACGAUGCGGAGCAACUGCAAAUGUUUGAGGAAAGCUAUAUGCUGACCAUGACGCAGACGCAAGCGCCGCUCAAAGCGGAACCAAAUGCAAAUGAAUCUAUUUUUGAAAUCAUACCCGAACUGGAGCAGUUCGAUGUCUCAGCAGCGCUGCAGGAGCAGCGUCAGCCUUGCAUUUGUCUGCAGACCUUUAAGACAGAGCGCGAAGGUGCUUUGGCAUUGGAGCACAUGCUGGAGCAGCUGCAGCCGCAGUAUGUCAUCAUGUACAAUACAAAUGUGACGGCCAUAAGGCAACUGGAAGUGUACGAGGCGCGUUGUCGCCGCCCGCCCGCUGAGCGAUUGAAGAUCUACUUUUUGAUACAUGCACGCACCGUGGAGGAGCAAUCAUACUUGACUAGCUUGCGGCGUGAAAAGUCCGCCUUUGAGCUAAUCAUUGAUACCAAAAGCAAAAUGGUCGUGCCUGAGUAUCAGGAUGGCAAAACGGAUGAAGCCUUUGUGCUGUUCAAGAGCUACGAUGAUGAGCCCGCUGGCAAUGCGCAGACACGUCAAGGCGCCAAUGCAGGCGCUGCUCUAACCGCUGCACGCAUUACACCCAAGAUUAUUGUGGACAUGCGUGAAUUUCGCUCCGAUCUGCCCUGUCUUAUACAUCGACGUGGCCUGGAGGUGCUGCCCGUCACCAUUACCAUUGGCGAUUAUAUUCUGACGCCCGAGAUUUGCGUUGAACGCAAAUCCAUAUCCGAUUUGAUUGGCUCACUCAACUCGGGGCGGCUCUACAAUCAGUGCGUCCAGAUGCAGCGCUACUAUGCCAAGCCCAUUCUACUCAUCGAGUUCGAUCAGAAUCGUCCGUUUCAUCUGCAGGGCAAGUUCAUGUUGUCACAACAGACAACGGCUACAAAUGCGGAUAUUAUGCAAAAGCUGCAGCUGCUUACCUUGCAUUUUCCCAAGCUGCGUCUGAUAUGGUCGCCCAGUCCUUAUGCUACGGCCCAGCUGUUCGAGGAGCUCAAGCUGGGCAAAGAGGAGCCAGACGCACAGCUGGCCGCCAGCCUGGGCAGCGAGGAGGCGCUCACCGACGCCGCCGGCGACCAAUUGCAGUACAACAAUGCCAUACACGAUUUUCUGCUGCGUCUGCCCGGCGUGCACACGCGUAAUGUGCACGGCUUGCUGCGACGUGGCGGCAGCUUGCGUCAACUGCUGGAACGCACUCAGACAGAGCUGGCGGAUCUGCUGCAGUCAACGGAGAGUGGCAAGUUGCUGUGGGAUAUUCUGCAUGUGGCGCAUUUGCCGGAGAAGGAUGAGGUGGCCGGCUCGACGGCGCUGCUCGCUGCCAGCAAACAGUUUGGUCAUGGUGCACACAAUCGUUUCCGCAAGGCCGCCGGAGAAGCCAAACGAGGCGCCAGGCGUUGAGACGUCUUAUAGUUUGUACUCAAUUUGGAUUUUGCUUAUAUGCU